AUGGUUGCUGCGAGACAAAGUGGCGGGCCGCCGAAUGAUGGCACUGCUAUAAGAGGAGGUGGUGGGCCACCGGAUGAUGGCGCUGCUAUAAGAGGAGGUGGCGGGCCACCGGAUGAUGCGCGCUGCUAUAAUAGGAGGUGCGGGCCACCAGAUGAUGGCACUGCUAUAGGAGGAGGUGGCGGGCCACCGGAUGAUGGCGCUGCUAUAAUGGGAGGUGGUGGGCCACCGGAUGAUGGCGCUGUUGGAGUGUUGGCCGCUUCAAACGACGCUAUCGGGCGUAUUGGGCUGUGCGGUGGUUACGGUGGUUCGCCAGUCGUGUUGUUUGUCAUGUGCUAG